AUGUCAUUUCGUUCGUUUGGCUCCUUCGGCCAGUCCCACGGACUCGGCACUAAUGGCUACGAGGUCUCGCUCAACUACAUCACGGGCGUGCCAGACCCCAAUCUACUAUCCUCCGCAAACCUCAAGCUCGUAUUCAAGGCCCUUCUGAAGAGAGACGAUACAACAAGAGAAAAGGCGAUUGUCGAUCUGUACUCGAUUGUCGACUCCAACGGCGCCGAAUUCCAGGACGAGCUUGUGCUCAUAUCGUGGUGCCAGCUGUACGCAAAGCUGUCAACAGACAAUUCGAAAAAGGUCAGGCUCACCGCGCACCAGAUCCAGUCGAAGCUGGUGGCGCUUCUCGGCAAGAAAUACGUCAAGUAUCUGCGCGACACGGUGGGGAUCUGGAUGAGCGGGUGUUUUGAGAACGACCGUGUUGUUUCCAAAGGCACCAUAGCGUCAAUUUCCGCUGCUUUCGGAGACUCUCCGGAGAAAACCAGCAAUCUGUGGAAAAUCUUUGCCCAGCAAUUGCUCACCUACUGCCACCAGCUGCUUCUUUUCGAGACUAUAGAUACGCUUUCGGACGAGCGAUUCGUUGGCAAGGAAGAGAGCCAGAUCAAGUAUUUGCGUACGGUACACACAGGAGUGCAGAUGCUGAUCAGUUUGGUUACCAGACAGAACAGCGGCGAAAUACAGCUCGACGAGACGCUUUUAUCAGAGCUGCUUGAAUCCGACCAGUUUGUUUCGUUUUUCGAGUCCAAAGACCUCCAGAUCAAAGGUGGCAUGUACACGCUGCUUCAGCGACUACUACAGACUGACCUGGACGAUUUGCUGUUCAAACACCUUGCCAAAGCUGCUAUCAGGGGCCUAAAUCUGGAGAAAAAAAAUAUGGCUCUAUACUCCGGCAUAAUAAUUCCUAUACUUGAAGCCGUCGUCGCGCUCCUCAGAAAGGACUCUCAGACUAUCGUUGGCAUCAGAAAGGCGACCCAACGCAUUCUCGAUUUGCUGCGUUUGGGCUCUCUAAACUCGGAUCCGCACUACUACUCAGUGGUGGCUACGCUGCUGCCGUUGCUGCCCCAGGACGAUGAGAUCAGAAGCUCAUUGCUAGAAAUCCUUGAGAACGACGUCAGGUCCGAGAAAUUUGCCGUCUUUUCUCAGCACGCAUGGAUCUGCUACCUCGGCUACUGCCAGAGAAUUGCCUGUGGUGUCGACCGCGUGCUCAAAGUGCUGGUUCCGGCAUUGGAUUCGCGCAAACUCCCCGCCAAUGUGAUUUCCGGGAUGGCCGGCGUUGCGAAUAUUGCCGAGGACGACGGCGACGUGCUGCUAGAUCUCAACUCUGAGAUCCUCAACGCUCUGCCGGGUCGCGCCGUGGAAUUUGUAGACCUCGGUCUGGUCGUGAAAAACACGGCUGUGCUCGUCGACAACUAUGUGCGUCUCCUGCUCCACGUCGGCUCUGAUCUGCUCGACGAGCUGGUUUCCAACGCGGUCGAGUCACUCACAGAUUUACAGGACGAGUACGUGCCGCCCUCGCUGGCAAUUUCUGUCAUCGAGACCGUCGUGCGGACGAAUUGUGUGCAGUUCCGCUCUCAGAUUGAGUCGUUCGUCGGCGACGCGUCGAAAGUCGUCACGCCGUCGUUCUUCGAGCCUGUCUUUGCUCUGCUGGUAGACAUAGCAAAGUCGCAGUUGAAUGUGGAUGUUUACGACGCCAUCAACGACAUUGCUGCUAAACUCAGCAGCGACGAGAUGGAGCUGUUUUUGAAGUACAUCGCUGACAUUCCCGGCUUCGAUCCUGCCAGAUGCGACAAAGUGAGCACCUAUAUCCACCAGAAAGCCGAUUCCGUUGCGCCCGACGCCGACGACUACGUGUUCCAGUUUCUCACGCCAGACGUUCUCCGAAACAUGUUCGGCAAGCUUUCUGAGGCCGACACGGCGGUGUUUCUGCAGAAGUGCAACCGGCACUACCAGAACGACGUUUUUCUUGCGUUUGCAGACGAAAAAUUUCUGGCUGCGCUCUGGAAACGACUGGGCAGUGCUGAGGCCGACUCGUUGCUGGACAAGCUUGAGCAAAACCUUGACGACCACCGUUUCGAGCAGCUGUACAUCUCGUCGCUUGCGAGGGGUGUAGUCGAGGCCGACCGAACGGCACUUCUGGACAGACUGGCUGCCAAACCGCAGCUUGCCUCAAAAGUGCUACCGGAAAAUGUGGUUGACGAGCUGGCUGGGCUGGUCGAGAAUGUUGACCACCGGCUUGCCGUCUCAAACAAGCUGGGACUGGGGAUUUAUCUUUUUCCAGCAGGGGAGCUGACUGCCGCAGACCGAUUUGCACCCUUUUUGGAGAAGAUCGAAUUUUAUUUUGAGUUGGCUUCUAGGACAGGCCUUCUAACCUGCGAGCUGGCGUUUCAGCUGGCUCUUGUCGGUGAAGUUGCUAUGGACUACGUGUUUCUAGGCCUUUUGGAUGACGAAAACCGAGCUCUUGAUUUCCACUCCCGCGUCUGUGCGGAGCUAAAUUUCGGCACAGACCUGUUCGACCAGUUCGUGAAGGACGACUUUUCUGGAGUUCUGACUCAUCUUCAAUCCUCUGUUGCGGUACGUUUCUACGCUGCACGCGUUCUGGUCACGAUAUUUACGAAAUUGUUUGAAACUAUGCAAUCGUCGACAUUCAACAGCUACAAUUUGAAUAGGGUGUCCGAACCCGUGAAACUGGCCAUCCUAGCCACCAGCGCCAACAGAUUUCUCACCGCCCCUGCGUUUGACCGCGUGCGUAACCAAGCGUGCGCCGAUCUUUUAAGAAUUCACGGACAAACCGUCACCACCAACGGCCUACAGGGCCUGGUCGUGCUCAACAUGCUUAUAGACCUCGAUCUGGACUAUGUUGGCGAAAACGUCCAGCUUUUCCCUGCCCAGAGAUUCGGCAUGAUGCUGAACGGGUUAGCCACCUGGCCAGAAUCGGAAGACGCGUACGAGCCGUCGUUUGUGCCGGUCAGAAUCGCGCUGUGCCAAUUUGUUGAAAUCUACAUCAAAAAAAUUUAUCAUGUUUGCGACACCAACUACCCGUCGGAUUUCAGCGAGAAGGUAUUUGCACUAGGAGCCACGCUGUGUUCAGAAUCGCUUAGCAUCGUCACCUCGGGCGAUAACGACUCCACCCUCGCAUACUUCUCGCUCAAGCUGUUUGGCGUGCUUCAUGAGCAACAGGUCGAUUGGGAUGAGGAAGAUGUCUAUGCAGACCUGGUGGAGCUGCUGUUUGCUCCUGCGUCCGGCCAGACCGGCCAGCUUGUGCUGGCUCUGCUGACGCGUGUUUUCAGCGACCAGGUGCCAACAACAGCUUACAAGAAGCGAUUUGACGACCUGCUCCUGCUGCUCUCCUCUCCCAACACACAGGUGCAGAAACUGGCCGUUUUCCUUUUGCAUAAAGUCAUUCCGGAGCUGCAAGACGUGCUUGUCGUAGAGGCGACGUUGAACCAGGACGAAGAAACAAAACUGCCGGCGCCGUUGCUCGAAAAUAUCGUGUUGCUACCAGACGAAAACGAAGUUGCAACCAAUAAAUAUUUGUGGAGCUGGUACCUAAUAUUCGACCAUUUCAAAAACAUCACACAGAAAAUCCGCCAGGACUACAUUCUGGAGCUCGGCGAAGACCGUAUGGGCCAGUUCCUGGACUUUUUGUUCGAUAUGGACCUCAAGCCUACAGAGGACAACCGCCGCGCACUGGUGGAGUAUUCCGUCAUCGAUAGCGACGGCGACGACCUGCUGUACCAUCUGAUGUAUCUGGUGUGCAAACACAUUGGUGGGAACAUUGCACAGACCUGGUUCCAGUCGAUCAGGAACAAGCAGCACAAGUCGCAGGUUGAAACGUUUAUUGUCAAGAACGUGAGUCCAUUACUGAUCGACGAGACGCUUGCGGGACUCGAGAAAAAGGACAGUAUUAAGGACCCAGAGUUUAGUAUCCGGCUGAACAGAACGACGAACGAGGUGCGCUGCGUGUACGAGAUCGACGAGCAGAAGCUGGAGAUGUCGAUUGUCUUGCCGAAAAACUACCCGUUGUCAGCGAUUAGCGUGAACGGAACAGCGAGGAUCGGAGUGGACGAGAAAAAAUGGAAAUCGUGGAUUCUUUCGUGCCAAUACGUGAUCAACUUCCAGAACGGCACGAUUUUGGAGGCCAUCCAGCAUUUCAAGAACAACGUCAAGGCCAACUUCGACAACUACGAUGACUGUGCCGUGUGCUACUCGAUCGUCCAUGUUAUCGACCAUUCGACGCCAAACAAAGUUUGUCCGACGUGCAAACACAACUUCCACUCGGCCUGUUUGUACAGAUGGUUCAAGAGCUCUGGCUCGUCUACAUGUCCAUUGUGUCGGUCAAAGUUCCAGUUCAAAAAACACAGCUAA